CAUCUCUACUCUUACAGUUGACCUUAUAUCACUUCGUUCAGCAGCAGUAACAGCUGUCAAAAUGAGCGUCGCAGAACUUAUCCACUCCAUCAACUCGGUCACCACCAGCGGUGCACUGGAGAUGGACGAACAGCAACGCGCCGAGCUAGCCAAGGCAUGCAACAAGCUGCAAGAAAUCUGUGAAUCCCCACAGGAGAAAACAUUCAAGCUUCUGCUUUCUGGCCACCAAAGCAUAGUCCUUCGCCUGGCCAUCGACCUCAAGCUCUUCGAUGCGAUCAUGCAUCGCUCCUCCGAGGAUGAAACAGGCAAAGUCAACGUGAACCAGCUAGCCACCGAUACCACUGCCGACCCAGCCCUAAUUGCCCGCAUCAUGCGUUUCCUCUCCGCCAUGGACAUCCUCACCCAACAUACCAGCGACACAUUCACCCCGACCCCAUCAGCAGCAGCCUACGUCUCCACCUCGCAUCUAGCCGCAGCUAUCAUCCAUUUCACCCACUUCCACACCAUCCUCACGCACCUCCCCACCUACUUCACCCAAACCAACUACACCAACCCCACCUCCCCCACCAAUACCCCCUUCCAAUCCGCCCUCAGCACCACAUCAAACUACUUCGAAUACCUCGCCACAAAACCCUACUACCAAUCCGCAUUCAACACCGUCAUGGCCUCGCCCUUCCGCCGCUCCAGUGCCCCGUGGUUCACUCUCCUCCCCUCAACCCAUGAUCUUUUUAACCCCACCUCCGCCUCCCCAAACGAAGUCCGACUAGUUGAUAUAGGCGGCUCGCAUGGCUCGGAUCUGCAUACCUUUCAGCAAGCUUACCCGUCCCUUGCUGGUCGUCUUAUCCUGCAGGAUUUACCGCAUGUUAUUUCAGCUGGUAUUAUUCCGAAUGGUAUAGAACCCCAGGGAUAUGAUUUCUUCACUGAGCAGCCGGUGAAAGGGGCGAGGUGUUAUAUGCUCCGGACAGUGUUGCAUGAUUGGCCGGAUGUGCAGGCGGAGGUUAUUCUGCAGAGGGUGAAAGAUGCGAUGACUACGGAUUCAACCUUGUUGGUCGUGGAGAAAGUCCUACCUGAGACGGACGUCGGACUGUUAGCUGCGGUGGGGGAUUGGAGUAUGAUGGUGAGUUUUGCGGGACGGGAGAGGACGGAGGUCGAGUGGAGAGGGUUGCUUGGUAAGGUGGGGUUGGGGGUGGUGGGGAUUUACAUGGGGAGUACUAGUGGCGGGGAGGGGAUGGAUUUGGCGGUUUUGGAGGCGAGGGUUUUGUAA